GGGCGCUGUUUGUAGUGGAUAUCAGAGCCGGCAUGAUCAAAGACUUGCUGCAACUUGGAACCCGCAGCGACUUUCCCAUCCACCACAACCAGGCCCUGGGCCAAUAAUAAUGUGCAUGCUAGCUAGCUUCCGUCCGUCUAAUUUCUGAUGUUCAACUUCAACUUGCAAGGUUUAGUCUCAAAGUAGCCUACAUGAGUAAGCUGAGUUGCUCCACCAUCUGACCAUUAUUAAAUCAAGAUGAAGACUCGCCUCAUCUGCAUCCUGCUCUCCUCCUUCAUCCAGCUGGCAAUCUCCAUCAAACCUCCACAUCCGCACAUUGUUCUUAUUGUUGCUGAUGACUUGGGCUGGAACGAUGUGAGUUUUCAUGGAUCCACACAGAUCCCCACGCCAAAUAUUGAUAAAUUAGCAAACGAUGGAGUUAUUCUGCAUAACUAUUAUGUAAUGCCGCUAUGUACGCCUACGAGGUCAGCUCUAUUGACAGGCAGACAUCCCAUACAUCUUGGAUUGCAACACCGUACCAUAGCUGGGGCUCAGCCUUACGGUCUCGGCCUUAAUGAGACAUUGAUAUCUCAACUACUUAAACAACAGGACUACCAGACACACAUUGUCGGAAAGUGGCAUCUAGGGUUCUUCGCUGAUGAGUACCUGCCAUUAAAUCGAGGGUUCGACAGUCACCUUGGCUACCUGCUUGGUCAUGAGGACUAUUGGAAUCAUAUAGCGGCAGAUGAAUAUGAAGGCUUUGAUUUCCAGCGAGACAGUCACAUCUACACGCCGGUCUUUGGUCAGUACUCCACAGAAAUCUUUACCAGAGAAGUUCAGAGCAUUAUCACCAAUCAUGAUCCAUCCCAGUCUUUGUUCCUGUACUUGGCACAUCAAGCAGUGCAUGCCGGCAAUAGGAACAACUCCAUGGAGGCCCCAGACUACUAUGUGAAACGCUUCCCAAAUAUCCAGGACAAGAAGAGACAGAUAUUCGCUGGUAUGGUUUCAGCUUUAGACGACUCCAUUGGAAACAUCACGAAACAUCUUGUCCAAUCCGGACUCUACGAAAACACUGUCAUUAUCUUUACUACGGACAAUGGGGGCGCCGGUGAGGGUUACGACCAAAGCGUCGGUUGCAACUGGCCACUGAGGGGCAUGAAGUCCACCCCGUGGGAGGGCGGAGUCAGGGGGGUGGGCUUCGUUAAUAGCCCACUGCUGGAGAAGCCGAGGCGUAUCUCACGUGAUUUGAUGCACGUCUCUGAUUGGUUCCCAACCAUGUAUAGAAUUGCUGGUGGAAACGUCAGCGCUUUGGCGACCAAAAUCUACGGCAUGGAUAUGUGGGACACUGUUUCGAGAGGAGAGACGUGUCCAAGAAACGAGAUACUUCAUAACAUUGAUCCCAUUGAGAAAUACGCAGCGUUGCGUGUCGGAGACUACAAGCUCGUCAUCGGUGACAGCGACGGUGGAGUUUGGGACGGUUGGUUCCCACCAGUCGGAACAUCAGCAGGCAAACUCAGUGCUUCACAGUAUGAGAAGACUUUAUCCGAGAAGGCGCCUCACCCUACGCCUCACGCCAGAGAUUCUUCAGUCGUUACUUGCCCACCAAUCCCGUUGAAUGCUUCUACAAGCUGCCAGCCAUUUAAAGAUCCUUGUCUUUUUAACAUCAAUCAAGACCCCUGUGAGUUCUACAAUAUCGCUGAUCAAAACCCUGAUAUUUUGGGUGAGCUUCUUAAGCGAUUACAACAGUUAAAUGCAACCGCCGUUCCACCGUUAAACAAAGACUUGAUGCCAGACCCUAGAGGGGACCCAAGAUUACACAAUGGCAACUGGGUACCGUGGGUAACGCUAACAGAUAAGGGUCAAGUCAAGAGAGUAUGACGUUAUAGAUCUAGUUUUAGAUGAGGCUCACCACCGUGACUCGUCGCUCGGUCCAGCAAGAUCCAGGAGUAUUAUUUUUGGUUUUACCCUUAAAUACUCAGUACUUUUCCAAGUUUUGUGAACAAAAUCACAGACAUAUUA